UGAAUAAUGUGCUUUGGAUAAGGCAAUGCAGGGCAUUGGAUGGGGAGAUUGUAACACAGUGAGAUUACAGCAAGAAGGAUACGGAUGGGUCCUCCUAAACAAUAAUAUAAUGGGAAUGAACAAAUCAGAAUCGCCGCACCUCACUCUUCCCUCCAAUUCAGCGUUCAAAGCUUUCUCAAACCCCGAAAGGAAACUUCUAGGUUCUUCCAGAACCUUCUAUUCCGUUCCAAUCCACCUCUUCGGCACCCAUGGCCGACACUCCGAGAUCCAAGGGCACCGUUAAGUGGUUCAACCAGGAUAAGGGUUUCGGAUUCAUCACUCCCCAAGAUGGUUCCAGUGAUGUCUUCGUUCACUACACUGCCAUCCGAUCCGACGGCUACCGCUCCUUGACCGACGGUCAGUCUGUCGAGUACCUCAUCGUUUACGAAAACGACGGCCGCCCCAGUGCUGUCGAUGUCACCCUCGCCACGACCGGCGACGUAACCUCUGCCACGACAGGCGAGGUAACCCCUGCCACGACAGGCGAGGUAACCCCCGCCGUUUGAUCUCGCCGUCAAUCAUAGACGGCGUCCAUGCCCAUAUUUUGCCUGGAUGGUCUGUUGUAUAAGUUAUGUCUUAUGAUCUAAGUUAUGAUUGGAUAGUAUGAAGGAGUUUUGUAUUUUUUGGAUUGUAUUGUUGGACCAUAUGGUUCUUUUCCCUUUUUCUUUUUCUAUAGAUAUUUCGGUGUUGUGUCAUGUUAUGUAAACUUUCAAUAUUAAUAACAAUAAUUUUUCUUUUCGGCCUUUUCA